CAAUUAAUAUUUGGUAACGAUAGACUAUGGAGGGAAAAAUUACCUUCGAUGUAUCCGUAUAAAUACUCUACAUUCGAUGAGGAUAAUCACCAGUUACUUCUCUUCUGUUCAUUUGAUCAAAUCAAAUAAUCCAAAAAAACACAUCAAAAAUGGCCGCUAAGAUGAUCAUAUUCGCUGCCUGUGUGGCCACCACACUCGCCCAAUACGCCGCCCCAGCUUACCCAUCCCACCACGCUGCACCAGCUUACUCAGCACCCGCUUACGCAGCACCGAAAGCUUACGCUCCGGAACCCACAUACGCCCCGAAACCAUACAGCUUCGAAUACAGCGUAAACGACCCACACACCUACGACGUACACAGCCAAUCCGAAUACAGCGACGGAUACGGCAACGUCAAAGGAACUUACAGCCUCUUGGAAGCCGACGGUUCCACCCGCGUCGUCGACUACACCGCUGACUCCUACGGAUUCAACGCUGAAGUCAAGAAAAUCGACGGAGGAUACAAAGCCCCAUACAGCGCCCCAGCCCCAGCCUACAAAGCCGCCCCGGCCUACAAGCCAGCUUACUCUGCACCAGCCUACUCUGCACCAGCUUACUCUGCCCCAGCCUACUCUGCACCAGCCUACUCUGCACCAGCCUACUCUGCCCCAGCCUACGCUGCACCAGCUUACUCCGCACCGGCCUACAAACCAGCCCCAUACAAGGCAUACAUGAUCAUAUUCGCCGCUUGCGUGGCUUCCGCUCUCGCCCAAUACUCCGCUCCAGCUUACAAGCCAGCGUACUCAGCGCCCGCUUACUCCGCACCAAAGGCUUACGCCCCAGAGCCCGCAUACCCACCAACCCCGUACAACUUCGAAUACAGCGUAAACGACCCACACACCUACGACGUACACAGCCAAUCCGAAUACAGCGACGGCAACGGCAACGUCAAGGGAACUUACAGCCUUUUGGAAGCCGAUGGUUCCACCCGCGUCGUCGACUACACCGCUGACUCCUACGGUUUCAACGCUGAAGUCAAGAAAAUCGACGGAGGAUACAAGGCCACAUACAGCGCACCAGCCUACAAGCCAGCUUACUCUGCACCAGCUUACUCUGCACCAGCCUACGCUGCACCAGCUUACCCAGCACCCGCAUACUCUGCACCAGCCUACAAACCAGCCCCGUACAAGAUACCAUGUCUCCAUUCUCCAUAUUCACCAGUUCAUUUCUGUACACAGUUAUUCAAUACAUUGACAAAACAACAAAAAAAAACUACUAAAAUGGCCGCUAAGAUCAUCAUCCUCGCCGCUUGCGUGGCUACCGCUCUCGCCCAAUACUCUGCCCCCGCUUACAAGCCAGCGUACUCAGCGCCCGCUUACUCCGCACCAAAGGCUUACGCCCCAGAGCCCGCAUACGCCCCAGCCCCAUACAGCUUCGAAUACAGCGUAAACGACCCACACACCUACGACGUCAAGAGCCAAUCUGAAUACGCCGACGGCAACGGUUACGUCAAGGGAUCUUACAGCCUUUUGGAAGCCGAUGGUUCCACCCGCACCGUCGAAUACACCGCUGACGACUACAACGGUUUCAACGCCGUCGUCAAGAACUCCGCCCCAGCUGCCUACAAGCCAGCUUACUCCGCACCAGCUUACUCCGCACCAGCCUACGCUGCCCCAGCUUACCCAGCACCAGCAUACGCUGCACCAGCUUACUCUGCACCGGCCUACAAGCCAGCAUACAAACCAGCAUACUAAUAAUUUAUUUUGUUUGUGAACCAACUCUCUUCAUCGCCUUUUUUCCAUAUUUUCUUCGUGUAUACCUCUCUGCCAUCGCGUUCAUAUUGAACCAUGGUCGCAAAGUCAUACCAUGCCAUAUUAAUAUAUAAGACAGUAGGUACGACUUGUGUAUUUAUUGUGUAAAUAUAUAUACCAAUGUGUAUUUAUUGAAUA